UCACCUCUCCUGAUCAACCCAAUACCUCCCAUCACGAGGUUCCUGUCCUCAUGUUCUAGUUCGGAACCCUUCACUUUCUGGCUGUUUGUUCCGAACAGCUAGUCUUCGUAAUACUGGCCGUUUAUAUCCUUCAAGGAUGUCUGGAGUGAUCGAGUACUUCAGGGAUAACUGGGAUGUGGAAAGUGAUCCCAAGGCGUACGAGCUUCUGUCGAUUCUAGCUUUCGCGUGCAUCUUCCCGACGCUCCGUUUCAUUCUGGACAGACUCGUCUUUGAGAAAGUGGGCCGACGGUACAUCCUUGGCAGAGGGGACUGGACUAAGAGCAAUGGAGCAGCCACAGCCCUUGAGAAGUCGGAGAAACAAGCACUGCUAAAGACCCACAUUAAGUUCAAGGAAUCAUGCUGGAAAUGCAUGUACUACAUCUCCGCCGAGGUAUUUUCUGUGCUCAUCUCCGUUGGCGAGCCGUGGAUGGAAGACACCAAGCACUACUGGGUGGGCCCUGGGGAUCAGAAGUGGCCCGAUCAGAUGAUGAAGUUGAAGCUGAAAACGCUGUUUUGCUACGUCGGAGGGUUCUACACGUACAGCGUAUUCGCGCUCAUAUUCUGGGAAACGAGGCGAAAGGACUUCGGCGUGAGCAUGACUCAUCAUGUAGUUUGCGUGAUCCUUGUCAUCACCGCCUACAUUUUCAGGUUCGGCCGUAUCUGUUCCCUAAUGGUUGCGAUCCAUGAUGCCAGCGAUAUCUUCCUCGAGCUUGCGAAGCUAAGCAAGUACAUUGAAUUUGAAGCAAGCGCGACCAUCAACUUUCUUGUAUUUGCGGCAUCUUGGGCGUGGUUGAGGCUUUGGUGGUAUCCUCGAUACAUCAUCUACAGUUCGAGCUACGAGGUUGUUCAGCUACUGGACAAGAGAGACCACGUGGGUACCGGCCCACGAAUUUACUACUUCUUCAACUUCAUUCUCGUUCUCCUGCUAGUACUUCACGUCUACUGGUGGAUACUUAUCGCCAAAGUUAUUAUCCGGCAGUUUGGGUCAGGAGCAGUGGAAGAUGGCAGAUCUGAUGACGAAGACGAUGACUAGAAUUGAGUCCAUCAGCGCUCAACGACUGAACGACGUCGCCCAGUUCAGAUGAGUUCGCUUCUGCUGAUGACGAUGGACACUAGGCAAGCAGUCAACACGGUGGGCGCGAUUUGUAGAAGAUGGUUUUCAGAUUGUUCAGCGAAUUGGCCCGUGCUUGGCCAGUAGAAUUUUGGUCUAUUGCAGUACUUCAGCCCUUCAAUGUAUAUGCGCAAGGUCUUCGCGCUGCUCCCACACUCUACUAUUCAAACGCUGCGUGUACGGUGGCAACGUUUAAUUGUUUCCA